AACCCUUUUUCAUUUCUCUUUGUACAACAAAAGUGAACUUCUCUUAUCCGAUUCUGAAGCAGAAACUUAGCUGCAGAAUCUUCAGAUUCUCAAGAAACCAAGAAAAAGGUUUUUUCGAACAGAAUCUUCAAGAACUUAUCUCAGAUCUACUACUACUACUGUUCAAGGUAUUAUUAUUACAUUUGAAGAAAAAAUGAUAAAUGUAAUGGAUCCGAUGAAAAGCGGAUCAGAGAAAGGUUUAGAUCCACAGCUAUGGCAUGCAUGCGCGGGUGGCAUGGUUCGUAUGCCUCCCAUGAACUCCAAAGUCUUCUACUUCCCUCAAGGCCACGCCGAAAACGCUUACGACCACGUCGAUUUCAAGAACCUCCCCAUCCCUCCCAUGGUUCUAUGCCGUGUCUUGGCCAUCAAGUACAUGGCCGACCCCGAGUCCGACGAGGUUUUCGCCAAACUGAGGCUUGUUCCUCUAAAAGACGACGAUCAUCGCGAGUACGGAGACAACGGUCAAGUAGUAGAAGGCGAAGGUUUCGAGACUAACAGCGAGAAGACGCCUUCCUUCGCCAAGACUCUUACUCAGUCCGACGCUAACAACGGUGGAGGGUUCUCCGUCCCGCGCUACUGCGCGGAGACGAUCUUCCCGAGGCUGGACUACAACGCCGAGCCGCCUGUUCAGACCAUUCUCGCCAGAGACGUUCAUGGGGAUGUAUGGAAGUUUAGGCAUAUCUACAGAGGGACGCCGCGUAGGCAUCUUCUCACGACGGGGUGGAGUAACUUCGUGAACCAGAAGAAGCUCGUGGCAGGAGACUCCAUCGUCUUCAUGAGAGCUGAGAGUGGAGAUCUUUGUGUUGGUAUCAGGAGGGCUAAGAGAGGAGGGAUCGGUAAUGGACCUGAGUAUUCAGCUGGUUGGAACCCUAUCGGUGGAAGCUGUGGCUACUCUUCUCUUUUGAGAGAAGAUGAGAGUAAUAGCUUGAGGAGGAGUAACUGCUCUCUUGCCGAUAGAAAAGGAAAGGUCACUGCUGAGUCUGUUAUAGAAGCGGCCACGCUUGCUAUUAAUGGAAGGGGGUUUGAGGUUGUGUAUUACCCUAGGGCUAGCACGUCUGAGUUUUGCGUCAAGGCGUUGGAUGCUAGGGCUGCGAUGAGGAUUCCUUGGUGCUCAGGUAUGAGGUUUAAAAUGGCGUUUGAGACCGAAGAUUCUUCGAGGAUAAGCUGGUUUAUGGGGACUGUUUCAGCUGUUAGUGUCUCUGAUCCUAUCCGUUGGCCUAACUCUCCUUGGCGGCUUCUUCAGGUGGCUUGGGAUGAGCCGGAUCUACUCCAAAACGUGAAGCGGGUUAACCCGUGGUUAGUCGAACUGGUAUCCAACGUACAUCCCAUCCCUUCGUUUUCGCCGCCGAGGAAGAAGAUGAGACUUCCUCAGCAUCCGGAUUACAACAACCUAAUUAACUCAAUCCCAGUACCUUCUUUCCCAAGCAACCCUCUCAUCAGAUCAAACCCGUUAAGCUCUGUUCUGGACAAUGUUCCCGUGGGUUUACAGGGAGCCAGGCAUAAUGCUCAUCAGUACUACGGGUUAUCAUCUUCCGAUCUCCACCAUUACUACUUAAACAGACCUCCUCCUCCACCACCUCAACCAUCAUCAACUUUCCCUCUUUCUCAGCCUCUAGGGUUGCGAAACAUCGAUAGCAGAAACGAGAAAGGGUUUUGUUUCUUGACCAUGGGGACAACACCGUGUAACGAUACAGAAUCUAAAAAGUCUCAACACAUCGUGUUGUUCGGAAAGCUCAUACUACCCGAGGAGCAGAUCUCAGAGAAAGGGUCAACGGAUACGGCAAGCACAUCAGGCGGAUCGAAACUAUCCUCAUCAGACGAAGGUUCACCUUGCUCCAACAAAGCUCAUGAUGCAGCAGGUUUGGAGACAGGGCACUGUAAAGUGUUUAUGGAGUCAGACGACGUGGGUCGAACGUUAGACCUAUCGGUUCUCGGCUCGUACGAAGAGCUGAGUAGGAAACUGUCUGACAUGUUUGGUAUUCAAAAGGCUGAGAUGUUGAGCUCUGUUCUCUAUAGGGAUGCGUCUGGUGCCAUCAAGUACGCAGGAAACGAACCUUUCAGUGAGUUCUUGAAGACAGCUCGGAGAUUGACGAUUCUGACUGAGCAAGGAAGAGAGAGCGUUGUAGCAUAAAGUGGGUUGAGUCUUUUUGUUGGAGCUUGGAAGUCAAAGCUUUGAAGCUUGAAACGUUUUUUUAUUUAUUUUUAUUUAUUUUGGAUUCUGUAAUUUUCAAAAUACAGUCACAAUCUAUUUGCAAAUAAAAUAGAUUCAUCUUUUCUUG